AUGGCGUACCACCCUGAGUUUAAGAGGGCCGGGAAGAAGCCUGGCCUCCAGGUGUGGAGAGUUGAGAGUCUGGACCUGGUGGCCGUGCCAGAGAGUCUGCAUGGCGGGUUCUACUCAGGGGACGCAUACCUUGUUCUCAAUACCAUCAAGCAACGUUCUGGGCAUCUACAGUAUGACCUUCACUUCUGGCAAGGUAUAACUUGAUCUGAUCAGAAUUACUUUAUUUCUUGAAAUGUUGUACAGUGUUUGUACAUGUCAGUCCAGUGAUGUGUGUUCAUGCACUUUUAAAAUUGAAAUCCAUUCCAUUAUUUGUGAAAAUAAUGUUUGAAAUGUGACCAAUCAUUAUUUCUCUGGUCCUACAGGAGAUGACUGUACACAAGAUGAGAGUGGAGCAGCAGCCAUUUUUACCAUUCAAAUGGAUGACUACCUGGGUGGCAAACCUAUUCAGUACCAUGAGGUGCAGGGUUAUGAGUCAAGAACAUUUUCAGGCUACUUCAAAACUGGACUGAAGUACAUGGUAAUGUUCAAAGACGUGUAAAAAGAAACAAAGGAAGUCGCACAGUCUACAUAUGCUCCCAACAAUUUAAUGUGUAAGCCAACGUUUUGGCCCACAGUCUCUUCUUCAGUGUUCACAGUACCUUCUACUCAAGAAGGAACUGUGUGCUGGGUAGAAGGUAUUGUGGGCCAAAACGUUGGUUUACCUGUUAAAUUGUUGGGAGCAUACUGUAUGUAUAGAGUAUGCGAUAAUUUAUUUAUUUUGACACAGUUUACUAUUCCGUUAGUCAGCACCUCCACCAACAUGUUGGGGUGUGCGUCAGCUCAUGCUUUUUACUGGAAUGUUGAAAGACAUUCAAUACGUUUGUUAUAUGUAUUUACUUAUCUCAAGAACUCCUCCACUUAUCUUAUUGAUUAUCUUCCCAAUCUUUACCUUAGAAAGGGGGUGUGGCUUCAGGGUUCAAGCAUGUGGUGUCCAAUGAGGUGAAGGUGCAGCGUGUGCUCCAGGUCAGGGGUCGGCAUGUGGUUCGAGCCACAGAGGUAGCAGUCAGUUGGGACAGCUUCAACCAGGGAGACAUCUUUAUCCUCGACCUGGGCAAAGUAAGUUCACUGAAAUCUAUAACAGAGUUUCUACAGCAAUCUAUUUAUCUAUAUUACUGAUUUAAUUUAGUGGAAUUGUCUUUGUACACUGUAGGCUAAGACUGUAUAGUAAUUGCCCAUGUUGUUAGCAAACUGUUAUUGUAAGCAAUCUACUUUGAAACCAAUAUUGUUUUGGUCAUGAAUAAUUUAAAAGCUCAUUUGUAUACGUUGAGCUAUACUUUAACAUAGUCAACAGGCAGAGGAGUUAGAGUUCCAGUACUACACUUGGUCCACUGUACUGAUAAUCUUCACUCGUCGUAUUACAGGAGAUUUAUCAAUGGUGUGGUUCCAAGGCCAAUCACUUUGAGAAGCUGAAGGCCACUCAGGUGUCAAAGGAUAUCCGUGACAACGAGCGAUGUGGACGGGCUGAGUUGUACAUAUGUGACGAGGGGGCAGAACGUGAGAAGAUGCUGGAGGUGAGUCUUUCACUGAGGAGUAAGGGAAUGGAAACAAUGGUUCAUUUCUAUACACUUCAAGUCAUGCAACUGUUUAUAUGCUCCCAAUAAACAUCUAUAGUUAGUUACCUUUUAACAUAUUGGUGAUCAUUCGCUGUGAGAUGCCUGACUCUCGUUGUCUCGUUCCAGAUUCUUGGACCCAAACCCGAUUUGCCUGAGGCAAAUACAGAUGACACAAAUACAGACGUGUCCAAUAGGAAGCUGGCGAAAUUAUACAAGGUCAGAUCAAUUUUCGAAAUAAACAAUUUAAUCAUUAACUAUUAUGUAAUAAGCAGUUUUUGAGCAGACCUUCAAAUACAAAUAUUAAAUUGAAAUGUUUUCCCCAAAGGUAUCUAAUGCCAGUGGGGAUAUGGGCAUGGAUAUGGUAGCAUCAGAGAACCCGUUUUCACAGAAUGCCCUGGAGUCAAAUGACUGCUUUAUCCUGGACAAUGGCCCCAAUGGCAUGAUCUUUGUCUGGAAAGGUAUUGGUUUCUUUGUAGCGGCUGGUCUGACUUCUUUUGACUGUAAAACCCCAAGCUUUAAUCUUCCUUUAGAUUAGACACUACUUUUCAAUACUGUUGUGCCUGGAAGUAAUCACUCACUUAGUUCUUCUGCCUUUGCAGUUUAAUCAUGAGUUUAUUUUGAAUAAAAACAGGUAAGGCUGCUAACAAAGAGGAGAGAAGUGCGGUGAUGAGUGCUGCCGAACAGUUUAUCACAAAGAUGGGCUACCCGAAGCACACCCAGGUCCAGAUCCUACCUGAGAAUGGGGAGACCCCUCUGUUCAAGCAGUUCUUCAAAAUCUGGCGUGACGCGGACCAUACAGUGGGGUUGGGAACAGCCUACGUGUCCAACAAAAUCGCCAAGAUCAAGAAGGUGCCCUUCGAUGCCUCCACUCUCCAUCACUCGGACGCCAUGGCGGCUCAGCAUGGGAUGGUGGACGAGGGGAAUGGAGAGAAGCAGGUGAGGAAAAUGUUUUUUUGGGGGGAUACUGGGGUUUUCUGAGUAAACACCAUAUGUGGUAGAUGGUAGUUACCCUUAAAUAUUAUGUGUCAAGGUUUAGGGUAGUCAUGUGUCCUCAGUAAAGGGAUACAUACAGCCCCUAAGGGUUACGACUGCGGGGCCUGCACACCCACAAAAAAGGUGUCACAAUCUCAGAAACAAGCCUUUGAGAAAAGAGCUGCAAGGGGUGUUACCUUUUUCCAUUCAUGGACCCUUUUCCAUUAAUGGACUACUACUAGUAAGAGCUGUAUUUACCUGUUAACCUUCGUAGAUCUGGCGUAUUGAGGGAGCUGACAAGGUGCCUGUGGAGCCCUCCACCUAUGGACGAUUCUAUGGAGGAGACAGCUACAUCAUCCUCUACAACUACCAGCAUGGAGGCCGUAACGGACAGGUCAUCUACAUGUGGUAAAGACCAUGGAGAUUAUCCUUCUGUAAGCGACCGCAGGAAGCUUUACUAUGUGUUAUUACACAGUCUUACAGCAAAAACUGCUAUCGCCCCUGUAUCGGUACAGUCGGCUUCAUCAUUUAUGAGCACCAGGGCUUUUGCUACAUACUGUAUUAGACACAUCUGAACCAACUAUAUACUGUAUGACAUAACAUAAGCACAACUGUAUGUGAAUAGCACUUGAAUAGUACUAUUUUCCACAGGCAAGGAGUGGAUUCUAGCCAGGAUGAAAUUGGAGCCUCUGCCAUCUUGGCUGCUCAGCUGGAUGACGAGUUGGGAGGAGGGGCAGUACAGGUGACUGGAUCGUUUUGAUUUAUCGCAGUCUGGCCCGGAUUAUACGGUCCAGAUAAUGUUUAAUCAAGAUGCUCUGGAUUACAGAAUUGAACAAUAUUAGUCAGUUUUUUUGUCUGCAGAUGCUGGAUCUAUAUGAAUACCUUUCCAUGGUCAUGGUUAUCAACAGGGUCAGAGCUUUGGUCUGUAAAAUGAAAUGAGGGAAGGUUAGGUUUAAAGCCAGGUAUAUGACACUAUGAUUUUCGAUCUGUCUGUUUCUACCGUGUUGAAGGUGCGGGUGAUCCAGGGUAAGGAGCCCGCCCACCUCAUGAGUCUUUUCGGGGGGAAGCCGAUGGUAGUGCACCAGGGUGGUACCUCCAGAGAGGGUGGCCAGGCCCACGCUGCAGACACACAGCUGUUCCAGGUGCGGUCCAAUGCUGCUGGCUGCACACGCGCCAUAGAGGUGAGUAACAGGAGAUGGAAGGUGAGGUGGGAAGAGCUCAAUAAAGGAAGCAAACAAGCCGAAACAGGGAAGGACUAACCUGAACUUGUCCAAUAAGAAAGGCUUGUUAGUUCAUUACAAAAUGUCUUUGCUACGGUGUACACUAAUAUACCCCAGUAGAUAGAGUGGAGUAGCCAGCCCUUAUGAUGUAUGGUCGGUUUGUUGGUGAAGCUGACUACAGUCCGUUUGCUACUGCAGAACUGUAGUUAGUACCUCCAGUGUACAGUAUUUUUCACUGCCUCCUCUCUUCCUCUCUCCACUCAAGGUUGAUGCUGCUGCCUCAAAUCUGAACUCCAACGAUGCCUUUGUGCUGGUGACCCCGGCAUCCUCCUUCAUAUGGGUGGGAAAGGGGACAAGUGACAGUGAGAAGCAUGGAGCUCAAAAGCUAAGUGACCUUCUAGGGGUCUCGGCCUCAGAGCUGGAUGAAGGUGAAGAAGCAGGUACAUAGGGAAAUCCUGUCAGCAGUCAAAUUCACUAGGAAAUGGUGUUUAGCCAUUAGCCACAGAAUGUUACUUAUGAGGAUACAAGACAAAGCUUAUUCAUCCGCUCCAUAUUCUUCCAGAUCCACAAUUGUAUGUAUGUGUUUGUGUGUCAAGAUGACUUUUGGGAUGCUCUGGGAGGUAAAGCGGACUACCAUACCUCAGCCAGACUGAAAAACAAAAUGGACGUUCAUCCACCACGCCUGUUUGCCUGCUCCAACAAAACUGGCCAGUUCAUUGUGAGUCUGCCCUUCUUUUAUAACUAUAGUAUAGCAUUUUCCAGCUUACUUUGCUGCAUUCCUGUUUACAUUAUUUGAAUAUCCAUUUGGACAAAUUCAGUUUCCUCUGCUAAUGAAAUAGCCUUUGAUCCACAUUUUUUUACGUAACAGUGUGUGAAACCAUUUCCUUGUCCUCCGGAAUGUGCACUGACCUGGCCCGUUGUCAAAAUGCCACAAUACUAUUUCCACAGAUUGAAGAGGUGCCUGGGGAGAUGACACAAGAAGACCUGGCCCCAGAUGAUGUCAUGCUCUUGGACACCUGGGAACAGGUGACUAGUAGAGGGAUUGUCAAGGUGCAACCAGAGCCACGUUCAGUAGCCGAACGUUGUAGAAAUGCCAUGAAUAGAGCCAACGCGAUUCUUUAUUCCACAUGUCAGAGGGGCAUGUUUGUUCUGCAUAGCAUAUUUCGAUCUGAACGUUCUAUCCUACUGAAAGUGCCUCAUGUUUUUUGCGAAUAAUGCACACCUGUUGAUUCGCUAAACAUUUUCCGUAUACCCUUCAGAUCUUUGUUUGGAUCGGUGAUGAAGCUCAUGAGGAGGAGAAGACCGAGGGUAUGGCCUCAGGUAAGCAAUGGUGGUUAUAAAACAAGAUCACAUAAUUACCUGAUAAAAGUGCCGCAGGGAACUUAAAUGUGCCGUUUCAUGAAAUGAACUGUUCUUUCUCUCCUCUUGCCUACUGCCUGUUCUGUGGUCAGCUGUUCGUUACAUAGAGACAGACCCUACCAAGCGGGACAGCAGUACGCCCAUAGUGAAGUUAAAGCAAGGGCAUGAGCCUCCCACGUUCACUGGCUGGUUCUUGGGCUGGGACCAUGGGUACUGGAGCAGUGAUCCCCUUGAACGGGCCAUGGCUGGUCUGUGUGUCUGAACCCCUCCAGGGUGAGGGUUCCCCUAGGGGCAACUUCACCCAAAGCUUCUACUUGACUCAUUUGUGCAACUAACUAGGUAUCCCCUUUCAACUGUUAGACUGGGUACCAAUUUGUGAUGGAUAAUAUACUCUCUUGACGCUGUUUUGAUCUUAGGGUUUUCUUGGAGAGAGAAAAUCUUCAUGUAAUCCACACUACACAGUUUAGUUAUUUCCUUUCCUUCUACGCUAAUACUGUUAGCCCAUGUAUCUUUAGCAGUACGUUACUACAUCUGUAAUAAAUGGGACAAGGAUUUCUUCACUUCUGUAGCAUGCCGGGUUCAGAUAUUCCUGUUUCUUGUGCAGACUGGGUUUCCAUCACGACUCAAAGGGUAUGUCAUGUCCAUCAAACAUGCUGACAGUGGACGGAAACAGAAAAACAUCAACAAAGCACAACUGGAAGCAGUCAAAUAUAUUCACAAAACUAAAUAACAUGUAUGACGCUCUACACCAGUUGUCAGCUCUUUUAAUAGCAGUCAAUA